AGAACGGAAAACCCCCCAAAAAAAUAAAGGGGAAAGUAACGUUUGCUCUUCCUGCUUCGAAAAGGUCACACAGGAGAGAGAGAGAGAGAGGAAAAUAGGCGAGAAACCAAGGCAAUUUGUUUGCUGAAAAUUCUCAAUUAAUUUCUUAAUUUUUUAAAUAAUUAUUUGAGGUAUUAAAAUUCAAUUCGGUGUGCAAGAGUUGCAGAUUUAGGAGACUAUUUCUCACGCAAAGAUUUGGGGAUUUUUUUUCGAGAGAAGCUAGGGUUUUCGGUGAGAAACUGUUUCAACAUUGCUGGUAAAUUGGACUUCUCUGUGGAGUUGUUUGGUGGUACUCUUCUGAAGAUGAGUAUAAAACAUAGCUUGUUAUCAGAGUUUUUGUGUGAAACUUGGACGCAUUUAAGUGGUAUGUGAGCAUUAUGACCCUUGAAGACUUCUUUACCUUGACUGAGAUGAAAGAUGGGUUCACAGCCCCUGCUCGUGUCGAGGAGUUGAUUACUGUUAUGCAGAAGGAGAAAGAUUCUUUAGUAAAGAGUGUUGGUGAUGCUACAAGACAGUGGGCUGCUGUUGCAGGCACUAUAGCGGCUACAGAGAACAAAGAAUGUCUUGACCUUUUCAUUCAGUUAGAUGGUCUUUGUUUUAUCAAUAGGUGGCUUAAGGAUGCUCAAACAUUUCCUGAUGAAGUUAGUGAUUGCUUUGUGGAAGAGGCUCUCUCAGCCUUGUUACAAGCGGUUGAGAAACUACAGGUAGACAGUGAGAAGUUGGCUUCAUCAGGAAUUUGCAUUACUGUCAAGAGUCUUUUCAGCUAUAAAAGCCCUAAAGUUCAAGAUAAGGCCAGGGCUCUCUUUGAUAGUUGGAGAGCUAAGGAUGUUGAGCUUAAAAGCAUGGAUGCUGAGAAGGCCCCAAUUUAUACUGAUCCGAAGUCAGAUAAUCAAGAUCCUGAGUCUCAAUCCACUACAAAUGAUACCUCCACAACAAGGUCUGCUGCUGAUCAGAAGUUCGAAGGUGCUGAAGGGAGUAAAGUUGAAUCAUCUAGUGAUCAGGAUGGUUUUCAGAUAACUUCAAAUCAUGCAGAUACUACCGCUGCAUGCCCUGAUGUGAUUGCCUCACCUGCCAAGAAAGAAUCGAUUGGUGGGGAUCUUGUCAGGGGUGAAGUAUGCCCAUCUGAUGGAAUGUUGGAUUCAAAAUACGUUGCAACUCCAAAACAAAACACGGAUGGGGUAAUUUCUGAGGCUUUGAAGCAUGAACCUCUGACUGAAGAUGCAAAACAUGAAAACAAGUGUGAGUUGUUGCCUGAUAGAUCAGGUAACAGUAAGGUUGUUUCCGCCUCGGGUGUUUCUGAUGGUAAAGAUAUAUCUUUAGGAACUGAUGCUAAGACUGCUGAAGAAGAUGUUGCUAAACCUGAUAUGGGAGCAAAUGAUGUCAAAGAUGAAUCACAGAUGAAAGUGAUGUCUGCAUGUGAUACAAAUAGGCCGUUGAAGGAGUCAAGCAAUGUGAUGGAUGAUAGCGAGCAACAGAAUGGUUUGGAGCAAGAUGAUGGUUCUGCAUUAGAGGAAUCCAAGAAUCAAGCAGCAACUUUGUCUAGAUUGGAUGAUCUUGAUGAGCAUAAUGAGCUUAAAAGGUUCCGCCAAAGUGAGAGGAGGUAUCUUGGCAACAGUUGUGAUUUUACAAGAUUGGCUAAAAACAGCAGAUCUACUGAUAUCAUUAGGCAGACACGAGAUAUGGACCUUGAGGAUGGCACGGUUGAUGCACUAGAGGUUGCUCGGCUUGUUGCCAAAGAGGUAGAGAGAGAAGUAGUGGGUUAUUAUGAGCAAUCUGCCAGCUCUGCCUCUUCUUCAUCUUCUUCUUCUGAUAGAAUAUCAAGAGGUGGCAUUAGGCAGCAGGAUAGCCCAAAGUCUAUAAAUGCAGAACAGGACCUGCAGAUAGACGGUCCAAUGAACCAGUUAUCUGUAACAGAAAAUGCCCCUGAUGCAUCUGCAAAGGUGCCUCUAAUGUCUUCGGCUAACAUAGAGGUAAAUCCUAAAGAUCAUACGCAAGAUAUGGAGUCCUUGGUGACUGAUGUUGCGAGGGAACCAGAAUGCAAUCCAGAGAAAAGCUUCUGGGAAUUUGAUCUGAACCAAGAAUUCUCCUCUGAGGAUGCUGAUCAGCAGCUGGAUACGAGCUCAAACCCUGUAUCAGUCGUCUCUGCCUCCAGAGCUGUUGUGGCUUCUGGAAUGCCUGCAGGACCUCUUCAAUUUGAGGGAAGUCUUGGCUGGAAAGGAUCUGCAGCAACUAGUGCAUUUCGACCAGCUUCUCCUCGUCGGACCUCUGAUAGUGAUAGGGCUCUUUCAGGUGGGGGCACUAGCAGUGGUUCACGACAGAGGCAAGAUUUUAUUGAUUUUGAUCUGAAUGUGGCAGAGCGUGGGGAUGAUAAGAUUUUUAAUCCAGUGUUGGGUUUGGGUAAACAAAAACAGAUGUUACCUAGCCUUCCUUCAGGUGAGUCUUCAGUUGAAUUAAGUCCUAAAAGAUCGCAAAGGCUCAAAUUGGAUCUAAAUCAAACAGAGGAUGACGGGGGUCUUCCAGCGCAAUACGAGUGGAAAAUGAGUGGACCGAUGUUCCGCCCUCAAAACUGUCAGAGAAGUCCAUCGCCUGCUUCCUCUUCAUCAUGCAUGCAGCCUUCCAUGAGGAACUUUGACUUAAAUGACAACCUUUUUAAUUGCAAUGAUUCUUCAGACCAACUGCCCUUUCUAGGUAAAGUCAACCCAUGUAUGGGUCCACCAGAUGAUACAGUUAUUUCAAUUUUGGGAACUAAAGUCAAGAGAAAUGCAAUUCCUCCUCAAACCCAGUUACCUUUUCUGAACGGAACGGCGUCAGAGCCUUUGAUGGAUGCUAGCUUGUUAAGAGGGGGACCGCUGAUGGGGUUAGGACCUACAGUUCCGUAUCCACAGUCUGUCUAUGGAUACAACGGGCUAGCCAUGGGCUCUGCUGUAUCUCUCGCGUCAGCACAGAUUUACAGACCUGGUGGGCCAAUUCCAUAUGUUUUUGAUUCAAGGGGAGCCCCUUUUCUGCCUCAAAUGUUGGGAUCUGCCUCAACUUUUCCGUCCACCUACUGUCAGUCUCCAUUGGUCAUGAAUAUGAUGGGUGCAACACCUGGUCCAACCCUUGCUGGCCCUUUGCGUCCCAGUUUUGAUUUGAAUUCUGGGUAUGCUAAUCCUGUUGAAGCUGGAAACCAUGAUCAUUCAUUUUUUAGGCCACUUUUCGUCCCCCAUGCUCAGGGUAGGCCGACAGAAGAGCAGUUAAGAGACAGUUUCAGAGCCUUGGGUUCUGGGAGCAAUGGUGGAAAACGGAAGGAGCCUGAUAGUGGAUGGGAGCUUUAUCCCACUAACUACAAACAUCAACAACCACCACACUUGUAGAAAGUUUUUUCUGAUUCAUCAGUGUCUCUGUUGUCUUUGGUUUUUCACUUAACAACUGAAGAAGCUUUACUGAUGCAUAAUAUCAGCCAGAAAAGAUGCUGAUUCUGGGAGUAGGAGAGUUGGAAUUUAGUUAUAAAAAAGAAAAAAAACUGAAUAAAAAGUCAGAGAGGUGAUUGGGCGUGAUAGCGAUUCAUGGGGUCUCAGUCUCAGCUAGAGGAGAGGAAUUAGGUUUAUUGAUUUAUUUUUAUGUUAAAAUUUCCUUCUUUUUUUUUACUUCAAUUGUCUCAUAAUCAUAUAAGGCCAUUACGAGAAUAGAAAUAUUUGGUACAUGUAGCUGUAAUUUCUCACUCAUACAUAGAAAUCAAAAGAACUGUCCCUUUUACAUUUUAUAAUGCCUUGUAGAUUUCACUUGAGUAUUCAAAGUUAUAGUGAAACUGUUCUACAUAGAACCACUUUGUUCA